GGCUGCUCCUCCGGAGGCGUUGAUCUCACACAGCGCCAAGCGGCAGAGCGGAGUGCGAGAGUGGAUCUGUGCGCGCUCAGACCAGCAGCGGUGAGAAAGGAGGACGCACGCGUCAGGAGCGGAGCGCACGGAAAGGAGUUAAAGAAAAAGAGAAGUAAAGGAGAGCACGGAGCGGCGGGGUGGAGGAAGGAUGCUGUCAAGCCGCGCGGUGCGUGUGGAGCGCGGGUAGUCAGUGCGCACCGCGCGCUGCUCCUCAGAAACUCAAGGCUCGGUUCUGCCGGUGCCUGGAUUUCAGAGCUGGUGCUUUUUUUGUGUGUGUGGACUAAUCCAGCGCGCUGGUCUCUUGGUUUGAAGUCUGCUCAGCUUCCCAUUUCAAGAAUUUAAAGGACAUCAGUAGCUAUUUAUUCAACCCACAGGCAGUUUGAUCCAAAUUGACUUUUUUUUAUUAUUAUUAUUAUUUCCAGCAUGGGACCGUAUAUAAAAAGUCUUUUUGGGACAUUUAAUGUCGAGCUGGAGUAAUAAAUUAGAUGACAUUAAUUGUUUUAGCUUCCAGCUGAUCUUUUUGAAUCUUUUUGCAUUCUUUUUUCAGUUUAGCCAGCUUUUCAUUUUUGCUUUGCGCGUAAACAUUUUUUUUUAGAAUAUCAUAAAUCGUUUUAAAGGCAAGUUUGUACCCAAGCGUUUUUUUUUUCAAUUAAAAACAAAAACAAAAAACAGAAGAGCUGCUUAACGCAUUCAUGCAGAAACAGACGCACAGUCUGCGUGCGUAUUUGGACACAGUCUGUCCGCACUAAGCUGCGCGUCCUUGGAGAAGUUAAAACAAAACCUCUCUAAUGAUUUCAAGACAUAAGAACUUAUUUGACGGAAAAAUACACAGUGUGCGGAUGUCUGGCAAACUGGCCGUCAUGUGGGAUUGAUUGCAGGGGAGUAUGUUUGGGCUGGAGCAGUUUGGUUCUCAAAUUAAUAGCAGAAACCCUGGCCAGUCAGAGAGAAACAUAAACCAUCAGAGACUUAACAUGGGCUCCCAUUAUAAAAGCCCAAGUUUUCAUGCUGGAGGCCCGCCCGGAGCCGUGGACCCUGGCAUGGGCCCCAUGAACGAGUCACAAAUGCUCGGGCUCAAUAUGAACAUGAACGGGGAGCCUUAUGGGAACUUUCACCCGCGGGGACACCCAGAAAUGCAUGGAGGUGGUGGACUUCAGCAGCAACAGCAAGGACCGAUGCAUGGAUUUUUUAACAACCAGCAACCUCAUCAACAUGGCCAUCAACCUCACCCCCACCAACAUCACCCUCAUUUCAGUGGGAACUUUGGAGCCCCAGAGUCAGGGUCAUCAUGCCUGCAUGGUGGCAGGCUAAUGGGCUACAACAACAAUGGCAUGGGACCUCAGCAGGGUUUUGGAGAAGGAUUUGAUCCUCUUGCAGAGGGACAAGCAGGAGAUGGUUUUCCACAGCAACAGCAGCAGCAGCGGCAGAGUAACAUACCAGACUUUCAACAUCAUGGGCCUCCCAGUGGCAACCAUGCUGUCCCUGCUCCAUGUCUGCCCCUGGACCAGUCACCCAACAGAGCAGCAUCGUUCCAUGGUCUUCCAUCUUCCUCUUCCACCUCAUCUGAGUCUCAUGGUCUGGAGCCUCGACGGAUGCCCAACCAAGGAGCUGUGGAGGGAUUAGAGUAUAACUUCCCAAGUGAGCCUCCAUCAGGACAUUUUGAUGUACCAGUAUUUUCCCCAUCAGAUUCAGAAUCCCAAAUACCACACUUUGGGCCCGGAAGGCCUGUACCCAGUGGAAGUUUCCCAGGGAACCCUGGCAUGCCACGGACACCGGGUAUGCCGGUCAUUUCUAAGUCACACCAGCCGCCACAGCCUCAGCAGCCACAACAUGGAGUGUUUUUUGAGCGUUUUGGAAAUGGCCGGAAGGUGCCCGUGGGAAUGGAGCCGGGGGUCAAUACAAGACAUCCUCUCAUGCCGCAGCAACAACAGGCUGGUUUGAUAGCCAGACAGAACUCGUGCCCCCCUGGCCUACCCCGACCCCCUCAGGCUGAGCCCAGCAACACUAACCCCAACAUUCUAGAUGGAGGGGUCAUGAUUCCUGGCCAACACAACCAGUUUGAAUAUCCCAUUCACAGACUGGAAAAUAGGGGUUUGCACCCCUAUGGGGACCCCAUGUUUAAUAUGCAACAGCCAGCUCCUCCUCCCUCCCAGCAGCCCCCAAAUCAGAGACUGCAACACUUUGACUCUCCAUACAUGAACAUGGCAAAAAGGCCUCGGUUUGAUUUUCCUAACUCACACAGCGGCGAUGGCUGGUGUGGCAGCAUGGAUAACCACCUCUCUCCCUCUGCUUACUCUGGUCUCCCUGGAGAAUUCACCCCACCUGUGAAUGAAGGUUUUGCACCAGGUCCCCUGCAGCAUCCAGGGCCCGAGCCACAGUCUCUGCAGCAGCGCCAGAAUGCAGCCAUGAUGAUUAAACAGAUGGCCUCUCGCAACCAGCAGCAGAGGAUGAGACAGCCCAGUCUCCAGCAGUUGGGUCACCAUGGUGAUGUACCUCCUGGCCCAAUGACUCAUGGAGGUCCAGUUGGGAACAUGCCUCAGCCAAACUUUGACAGGGAAAAUGGUGGCAGGAUGCCCAACAUUGAUGGACAAAAUCCUCAUGUACCUCAGGAGAACUCCUGGUUUCAGGGGUCCCACCCACCAGGAGAGAUGAUGUCACGGCGUUUGGGUGGAGCAGGUAAUGAACCUGGGCCUAACGAUAUAGGGCUUCAGCAGAAUGGGGCUGGGAUGGUGUUUAGGCAAGGCAUUGGCAUGCAGGAUCCCAUGAGAAUAGCAGGAGAUGGACAUGUGCAGACCCUUCAUUCUCCAGGCAUGCACUCACAGUUCAGUGGCAACAUGGGCAACCUCUCACAAAUGCAGUCUCCAGGAGCAGGAGCGGGACACCCAAAUGCACCAGCAGAAAGGAGGCCAUCUGACUUUCCUGCACCUCCAAUGGGAGCACAGCCAGCAUUUUCAUAUGGGGGGGCUAACCGCCAGGGGCCAGCACACAAUGCUUCCCAGGGGGUGAACACCUCACCAGGGAGCUACCCUCCUCAGUCUGAGUUCCCCUCAGGCCAGCGGUCGUCUGUUAGUAAGCUUGGAGCUCUUUCUCUUGGGAACUUCAACAAAACCAGCUCUAAAGACAGUGUUUUCGGCCAGAGCUGUCUAGCAGCUCUGUCCACAGCCUGCCAGAACAUGAUUGCAAGCCUAGGGGCCCCAAACCUUAAUGUAACAUUCAACAAGAAGAACCAAAAUGAGGGCAAGCGCAAACUAAGUCAGACAGAACAGGACAUUAAUAGCAGCACAUCUAAUGGGACUGGUGGUGCUGGUCCUGAGUAUUUUCAGAGCAGCUCUUCCCAGAACAACCAGAUGCCUGGCACCGGGAAUAGCAACUCUAAACCUGUAAGUCAAAGCCAGACGGUGCAGGGGGAAGCCAGUGCCCUCUCCCCAAACUACAACAUGGACGCUACCCCGUGCAGUGAGGGGAAGGCAACAACAGGGAGUGGGAGAGGGAGAGGGAGGAGAAAAAGAGACAGUGGACAUGUAAGCCCUGGAAUUUUUUUUUCCUCUGAUAAUGGUAACCCUGUUGUAAGUCCAGGCCAGCAGACCCCCACUGCUGGCAUUGGGGAGAGGGGUGGGGGCACGCCCCAUGAGAAGCACCUCCAGUCACCCUCUUGGGGAAAAGGAGGAGACCUAAUGUUGGGGGACCAGGCUGACCUUAUGUCUUCUUUAGACAGUGGCAUUCAAAGUGUUGCUGCCAAGUCUGACAGCAGCUCACCAAGAGUGGACUUUCCUGACGAUGUCAGCACUCACUACGGCAACGAGGAUGAGGUGUCAUCCAGCUCAGAUGCAGGGGGGGCCUCUGCCACUAAGCCCAAUCGCAGCCCCAUGAUCACAGGUUCACCUAAAAUGCAGAGGAGUGAUCAUGGUUUAAUUAAUGGACAAAAGCCCCUUGGCAUGGGCAUUAACAAUCAUACUACCUCGACACCAGACAGCUAUGGACUGAAUGCUGGUGUGGGCACCGGGGCCAGUGGGGUGAGCCACCCGGGCACUCCUGGGGUGGAGCAGGUACGCACUCCAUCCAGCACCUCAGGCCAGGAAGAAAUCCACCCUUUAGAGAUUCUUCAGGCCCAGAUCCAGCUACAGCGGCAGCAGUUCAGUAUCUCAGAAGACCAGCCCCUGGCCAUGAAGAAUGGCAAAAAGAGCGGCGAUUGUCCCUCGCAGAACGGAGACAAUGAGCUGGCAAGCUGCAGCCCGGAUGCUGGGAAGGGCUCAAUGGGCACUAUUGACCUUGACGCCCUCAUGGCAGAGCAGCACGCCACCUGGUACGUGCCCGGUGACAAGGCCAUGAUGGAUGGGUCAGAGGAUGACAAGGCCAUGGGACCCUGGGAAAAAAAUAAAAGCCAAAACAACAAUAAGGAAGAUUCAGAGCUCUCCCAGAGUAAGGCUGGAGCUGCCACCACCGGAGCUGGAGGAGGAGGUGGAGGAGGUGGGAGCAGCGGCGGGAACCACCUGCAGUGCCUGUCCGUCCACUGCACUGAUGAGUUGGGGGACAGUAAAGGCCGAGGGGGCCCCGUCUCCUCUUGGCGCUCGCUCCAUUCUGAUAUCUCGAAUCGUUUUGGGACGUUUGUCGCAGCUCUGACUUGAUCAAAAACAAGGAAAGAAAAAGAAACGGGCCUGGAGAAAGAAGGACGGAGAUUUAGAAAAACAGAAAGACAACCUCAGAGACGAAAAGAAUAAAUGAAAACGAUGAGAAUCUAUUGAUGAGACUGAUGUCUGCAGCCCCUGCCUGUUCAGGGCGAGGGGCAUCUACACUCAAACAUGAACGUACUUACACCAUACACUCACACCUAAAAGCAGACUCAAAUGUCUUUUUUUCUUCCUUUCAGAACCUCAAAUCCAUUCUUUUUCUUUUAAUUCCUUUGUUGAAGAAAAAUUAAUGUUAAAGGAAACAUAAAGGCAAAGACAAGAUGUCAGUUUUCAUUGGCUUUUAUUGUAGCAGGGUGUGUUGUGCUGCAACCUCAUGGCUUUUACUCUGUUAAAUUAGCCUGUCUGCCCUUACCUCAGUUACCAGUUUGCAGCCAGGAAAUUUCACCAUUUCCAGGCCAAAAUGCUUCUACACGCUCGUAUUCUGCAGCCCACAGUGAGACAGGGCCUGCAGGUUUAUCAAAAGUUGCCAGAACACUAAGAAGCAGACCCAGAAGACGACUAGCAGAGGAGAAAGUAUGCAUGAAUGUAACAGCAGUUUCCUUGUGAACACACUUUUUCUUUUUGUCAAAGACAGUUUUAAACUUUUUUUAUUAUUAUUAUUUCUGCUCCCAGAGAUGAAACCUGUAUUUCGCUUUCAGCUGUUCUGCUAGAACACUUUUUCCCUCAUUGUCUUUUGCUUUUUUUCUUCUGCUAUCCAUCUUGUGAGCUACUUGUAUACAAUUCAGCCAAUGAGAACUUAAAAAAAAAUGGUGAUCAAGGGUUUGUUUGAAAUGGAAAAUAAAAUAAAAAAGAUUAUUGGUAUUGCACAUGUAUAAUAAGAGAAAAUUUGCUGUGUGUUAGGCAAUCUUGUAACCUUUAAAUAAAGCUUCUGUUGACUUUGAACUUCUCGAACAAUAAAUGGAGGACUGUGACGGCAAUUUACAAACAGAUUUUUUUUGUUAUCGUUUUCUUUUUUUUAUUAAUAUGUAAAGUGCAGUCGUCUGUUUUCCUGCAUAUUGUAUAUAUCUGUAUAUGUUUUAUUGAGUAACUAAAUAACAAUAAAUAUGAUGUUAAAGGUGUCA